AUGACCGAUCCUGUAGGAAAUGCUAAUCACAGACUUAAAUCCUAUAAAAAUCUGGCAUUAGAUUCGUCAGAGUUACGGAGAAGGAGGGAAGAGGAAGGUAUUCAGAUUCGUAAACAGAAACGUGAUCAACAGUUAUUUAAGAGGCGAAAUGUUUCUAUGCCAGCACCUGGUGAAGAUAUGACAGUUAGCGAUGUCCAGGAAAAUACAGUGUCAUCCUCUUCUGCAGUAAGGAUAACUCCAGAAAUGGUGCAAGCAUUAUACAGUGAUAAUACUGAAGAACAGGAAGUUGCUACCCAAAAAUUUCGAAAACUCUUAUCUAGAGAACCAAACCCACCUAUAGAUGAAGUAAUUCAUACAGGAAUGGUUCCUAAAUUUGUUGAGUUUUUACAGAGAGACGGAAGCUGGUCUUUACAGGUAGGGAUUUAUAAUAUGAAAUGGAUAAAAAAACUGAUAAUUAUAUGA